AUUAUUUUUGACAGGAUAAUGGAGACAGCGCCCUCCAUAUUGCCUGCAGACGUAGAGAUAUUGAUCUAGUCAAAUUAAUGAUUGAUUACGGAACACCAAUUGAUCUGCAAAAUGCUGAUGGUCAAACAGCUCUACAUUUAUCAGCCUGGGAGGGUGAUGAGGCUAUGGUUAAAUAUUUAUAUAAUUUACGUGCUAAUCCUAAUGUUACCGAUAAGUUUGAUCGUGUACCUCUACAUAUUGCUGCUGAAAGAGGACAUUCACAUAUCGUGGAAUUAUUGGUGGAUAAAUUUAAAACCUCCGUAGCUGCCAGAACUAAAGAUGGUAGUACCUUAAUGCACAUUGCAUCACAGUUUGGUCAUCCUGAUACAGCCUUGACCUUCUUAAAGAAAGGUGUUCCAUUACAUAUGCCAAAUAAGUCCGGAGCUGUCUGUCUACAUGCAGCUGCCAUGAAAGGUCAUACAUCAGUGGUUAAAGCUUUAUUACAGAAAGGUGCUUUAGUUGAUUCCAAAACGAAGGAUGGUCUAACAGCGUUACAUCUGGCUAUAGAAUAUUGUAAACCACAGGUUGUUCAGACGUUAUUAGGUUAUGGUGCUGCUGUAGAACUUAAAGGUGGACAGGCUAUGGAAACACCCCUACAUAUAGCUGCUAGAACACAAGAAGCUGAGAAAUGUGCUGAGAUGUUGUUAAAAUCUGGAGCUGAUGUGAAUGCAACAAGAGAUAAUGGUGAGACAGCAUUACAUAUAGCCUCACGACAUGGUCAACUUGGAAUGAUAAAAGUGUUUUUAGAGGAAGGUGCUAAUGCAUCCAGUCAUUCAAAGUCUGGUGAGACGCCAUUACACACAGCAGCUAAAUAUUGUCAUUUAAGUGUGGCAAAGGAACUUCUCAAUUUUACAUCAACCAGAUUAUCAAGAUUAGAUGCAGUUAUGUUAGCCAAUCAUCAAAACAAGGAAGGUGAAACACCGGUUCAUUUUGCUGCCGAAUUAAAAAAGGAAAAUGCUCAUGGUGAAUUUGAAGAUACAGAUAUGAUUAGACUCUUAUUAGAAUAUGAUGGUGAUACAAACAUUCAAUCAAAACUGACUCAUGAAAGUCCUUUACAUUAUUGUGCUAGAGCUGGUAAUGCUAAUAUAUUAUUAGAGAUUGUACAUUUACUUGGUCCAACUAAAUUACAAGCUGUUGUUAAUAGACAAGCUAAGGAUGGUAAUUCACCACUGCUUGUAGCCAGUGAACAGGGACAUCUCGAAAUUGUUAGAAUACUCCUAAAAAAUCAUGCUCGAGUGGAUGUUUUCGAUGAGCAUGGUAAAGCUGCUUUACAUCUAGCAGGAGAAAAUGGUCACGAAGCGGUGGCUGAAUUGUUACUUGCUCAUAAAGCUUUCGUGAAUGCUAAAUCAAAACUAGGAUUUACACCUCUACAUCUGGCGGGCCAGAAUGGUAAUAACAGACUGGUAAAACUAUUAAUAGAAUCACACGGUGCCCUUAUAGACGCCUUAACUCUUACAAAGAAAACAACACUACAUUUAGCUGCUCAGAAUGGUAAAAUGGAAGUAUGCAGUACUUUAUUAAAAAUGAAAGCUGAUCCUAAUGCUACAGAUGACAGAGGUCAGACACCGUUACAUCUAGCAGCUGAAUAUGAUCAUUCUGAUGUGGUCAAACUGUUUUUAAAAUAUCGACCAGAAUUAGUCACAAUGGCUAGUACUGAUGAGAAUGGUAUGACCCCAGCUCAUAUAGCAGCAGCUAAAGGUAGUGUAGCUGUAAUAAAAGAAUUGAUGCGUUUUAAUAAAGUCAUGGUAACAACAGCCAGAAAUAGGACCAAUAAUUCUACAGCCCUACAUCUGGCAGCAGCAGGUGGACAUAAGGCUGUAGUAGAAACUUUAAUAGAAACUGGUGCCUCGCCUACUGAUGAAAACUCUGAUGGAAUGACUGCUAUUCAUUUGGCAGCCAAAUACGGACAUGGUCAAAUAUUAGAGGCCUUGAAGGGUCAAAUGUCUUGGAAGAUUACAAGUAAAAAGACUGGAUUAACAGCCCUUCAUGUUGCCGCCCAUUUUGGACAAAUAGAUUUUGUUCGUGAAAUGUUAACUAAAGUACCGGCUACUGUCAAAAGUCAACCUCCCAAUGAUGAAUCUACAAUCAAAGACAUAACAGCAGAGUUUGGAUUAACUCCUCUGCAUCUUGCUUCCCAGUCUGGACAUGAGGGACUAGUACGUCUGUUGUUAAAUUGUCCCGGUGUUCAAGCAGACGCACCAACUAACAUGCAGGGAACAAUACCAUUACAUAUGGCAGCACAGAGUGGCCAUGCCCCUGUUGUUAGUUUAUUAUUGAGUAAAUCUACAGCUCAGUUACAUAUUAAAGAUAAACGUGGAAGAACAGCCCUACAUCUAGCUUCAGCUAAUGGACAUUAUGAUAUGGUUACAUUAUUGUUAGGUCAAGGUGCUGAUAUCAACUCUUGUGAUAAGAAUGGAUGGACAGCCCUGCAUUUUUCAUCUAAAGCUGGUUAUUUAAAUGUGGUGAAAUUAUUAGUAGAAUCAGGAGCAUCUCCUAAGUUUGAAACAAAAGAUGGUAAAGUUCCGGUCUGUUAUGCUGCAGCGGCGAAUCAUUCCAAUGUAUUAAGUUAUUUAAUGAGGAGAGAUUAUAAUACACAACAUUUAAUGGAUGAUAAAAAAUUUGUUUUUGAUCUGAUGGUGUGUGGGAGACUCAACAAUAAUAAAUGUAUCCAAGAGUUCAUCUUACUUUCUCCCGCUCCUGUAGACACUGCGGCUAAAAUGUCCAAAAACUUUAGAACUUUAGCUAUAAAAGAAAAAGAAAGAUCACGAGACAUUCUGGCUGCAGGAAUUUACUGUGAAAAUAUGGCUACGGAGUUGUUAGCUAUUGCCUCUAGUUCUAACAGCGCUCAACAUCUACUGAAAGCCGUGGACUAUCAUGGAAUUCCUUUCCUUGACGUGCUGAUUGAAAAUGAACAGAAAGAAGUUGUUUCUCAUCCAGCUGUCCAGAAAUAUCUCUCGGAUAUCUGGAUGGGAAAUUUAUUUUGGGCAACAUGGAAAAUAGUGAUGUUAUUUUGUGCGUUUCUUUUUAUUCCAAUAGUUUGGUUUAUCUUUUCUCUUCCGAUAAAGCAUCGAUUCAGCAAAGUUCCAAUUAUCAAAUUUAUGGCAUAUCUAGUCUCCCAUAUUUAUUUAAUGGUUUUAUUUUGCAUGACAAUAGUAGUACCCAUAGUCCCUAUAUACCAGUCUGGUAGCUUAAUACCACACUGGUAUGAAUGGUUGUUAUUGGCUUGGAUGUCCGGACUACUUGUGUCAGAGUUAACUAAUCCUGGAGAUCGUGCUGGACUUGGAACUAUUCGAGUGGUGGUGAUAGGAAUCUGUGCAGUUGGCGUGUUUUGUCAUGUAUUGGCAUUUGCGUUUGACGAACAGGAACGAUUUGUACUCCUAUACAUCAGAAAUAACUUUUUUGCGUGGGCCUUAUUGUUAGAUUUCGUGUUACUCUUGGAUUUCUUGUCUUUUCAUCAUCUGUUUGGACCCUGGGCUAUCAUCAUUAGAGAUUUGAUGAAAGACUUGACAAGGUUUCUCGUUAUUUUGUUGAUAUUUAUGUUGGGUUUUACAUUACAUCUUGCGGCACUCUAUCAACCAGUGUAUAAACCAACAGUGCUGGAUAGUGCUCUAGGAGAUGGAGAUGGAAGUGCUGCAUCAUCAACACAAACGCCUUUAGAUACUUUCGAAUUUUUGUUUUUUGCCUUAUUUGGACUUGUUGAACCAGACAGCUUACCUCCCUUACAUAGGAGCCCAAUCUGGGUAACAACGAUGGUAAAGAUUGUGUUUGGAACAUACAUGAUGGUAACUCUUGUCGUACUGAUUAAUUUACUGAUUGCUAUGAUGUCAGAUACAUAUCAACGCAUAGUACAACAGUCUGAUACAGAAUGGAAGUUUGGUCGGGCCAAGUUAAUACGUAAUAUGAAUAGAACAUCGGCCACACCUUCACCUUUAAAUCUUUUUACCAAAUUAUUUACUUAUAUCAGAGUUAUAUAUAAACAUAGAGGUAAGCUGUGUUCUGGUCAUGCCCAGGAAUAUAUUAAUGAUGAAGAAGAUGAUGCUUUGUCUGAUUCUAGAUCAGUUGAUUUACUGGCACAAUCAUCUGCUAACUGGUUACGUAAUGUUGUACGACGUAAUACACAAGUAGCACCAGAUGGAGGAUUUUUAAGGAGUCAUGCUCACCAUGGUCCACAGAGAAUAGAAGAUGUGGUUGACUGGGAACUGGUUGUAAAAAAAUAUCUAGUUAUGCAAGGUUUGGAGGAACCAGAAAAGAAUGAUAUUGAUGAUGACAGAUAUCCACCACCAACAAGUAAUGGACAUAUCCCUAGCUUCCAGGAAUUAACAGAGAGAGUCAAGAGUUAAAACCUAGAAAUGCACUUGAAGGGGAUGGAACUUUUGAUCUUGCGUAAAGUAAAGAUGCACUAAAACAGAGUGAGUUGUAGCGACUAUGUCUGGCAGUAGGAAGUUUAUAUAAUGUAACACAGGAGCACGUUGAAUUUUAUUCCUAUACCUACAAUUUCAGGUGGGAGAAUUAAUUAAUUAGAGAAUAUAUAUAUAUGAUAAUUUUCUUUAUAUUGAUAAUACAGAUAUAUAUACAUGAGAAUUCUCUUUAUAUUGAUAAUACAGAUAUUAUUAUGAAAAUUCUCUUUAUAUUGAUAAUUAUUAAUACAGAUAUAUAAUUUCACAGAAAUAUUGAUAAAAUUGGCUUUAAAUUAGUAGGUCAAUGUAUAAAAGUUUUAACAACCAGUGAUUGUUGAGUUUGUACACAUGAACCAGUGAAAAUAUUAUUUGAAAAAAUAAACCUGUGUAUAUUAAUGUUUUAAUUCCGGUGUUGACAGACUUGCCAGUUAACCCAGUGACUUGUUGAAUUUAAAUGAUAUUUAUCAGGACAUUGAAAUAAAGGUAUUAAUAAUGCAAACUUAUACAUGUAUGCAACAAAAAAUUAUAAACUCUGUAAAUUCCUGAAUAGGACAGUGGUAUAAGGUGUUCUAGAUAGAGUCAGCAUAUCCUGACUUGUGCAUGACACUUGAUUAAUUUAUUAUCAAUUCCAUGGCAAAGGGAGUGAAUUAUUAGUGCAAUUGAUCUCUGUCAGUGGCUUUCAAAAGGCGAAAGCUGCUUGUAUGGAUUAAAUUUUGUUGAGUCUGUUUUAGGUUCAGACAAUUGAUUAUUUUGUACAUAAUACUUGUGGAGAUUUUGUCGAGCCGUUUUCAAUAAAGAUUCAGACAAAAUUAUUUAUUCUGUACAUAGCUCUAUAUCGAUAUUUAUGCAUAAUGUGGGUGAAAAUUUCUUGAGCCAUUUUGAAUUUGAAGUUCAGACAAAUUAUUUAUUUUGUAGAUUGCUUUGCAUCAAUAUUUAUGCAUAAUGUUAGAAGAGAUUUUAAAAUUUUAUAGUCAGAAUAUUUGUGUGAUAUUAACAACAUGUGGGGUAAACUAUAGAUAAGGCGAUAUAUUUUGGUAAUGUUUGUAAAUUGAUUGGAAUCAAGAGAUUAUUGUGUAAAUACUGGUAUAUCUUAUAGCAAACCUUGACAAAACCAUGUGGUAUGUAAUGGUGAAUAUAAAUAAUGAAACCUAGUGUAUAUUAAAGCACCUGUGAUAAAUUUAUUUAUUUAUUAUAUAUUUAAACUGUUUACUAUUUGCAUCAGUGUAGAUAGAAUUAUCUUAUAUAAAUACAUGUAUGUAGGUAAAUGUGUACAGUAUAUAUAUUUAAUAUUAUUACGAUAUAUUUAUAAUGCAUAUCCAUUAAAAAUCAAAAAUUAAAUGUAUGUGACUUUUGUCUUUGUUGAACUGUAAGGAAGAGAAACCUUGGCUUUAUGUCUAAUUAUUAUUAUGUUUUAUUUCAUAAAAUAUAUACACCCAAAGUUAUUUGAAAAAAUGUUUAGAGAAUUGUGUUAUUGUUUUGUUAUUAUUUGCAUUUGUUAGUAUAUGUAUCAUAAUGUAAGAUAUAUUUGACAAGUAAUGUUAAUACUAAUAUAAACAUAGUUAUUAUCCAUUUCGAAAAAUAAAAUCAUCAUUCCAAGAUGUCAAAAAUUACUUAGCAAACAGAUUUAUCGAUAAAUUUUGUUAUAAACCAACUUCUUCAUUCAUAUUAAAAAUCUUAAAUUAAUAUGCCAUUAUUUAUAAUGUGAAAUGCACAAUGGAAUUUAUGAAGGAUUUUCAGUUUUUGCUAACCAGAUAAUCCUUAGAAUUUUAGUUCUAUCCACUUGGUUUUAAUAAAGUUUUCUUGUGCAAUACAAAAUAAAUUAAUAAUUAAUUAAUUUUAAUUAUAAAAGUAAUAUUAUUUAUCCAUAAUUAUUUAUACAUUUUAUAUUUAUUAAGAAAAUAUGUUUAUUUUAUAGAUUUAUUAUUUCAACCGGUUUUAUUUGUUAUAAAAUACUUUUUUUUAAAUUCUAUGUCUAGUUAGUGUUUUGCUUAUAUGUAUUGUUAUUAACUUUAUAUUUUAAAAUGUUCAUUGUUUACAUGUAUUUGUUUUUAUCUACCAGUAUAUAAACAUGCAAUUAUUAUUAACUGUUGAAUAUACUAUAACGGUACACUAUAUCUAUAGUAUCCAGUUAUAUAAGUUGUAUAUAAAAGGAGAGGUGUUUUUGAAGCAGACCUUCAAUGUUAUAAUUUAGCUUAAAAAUAAAAUUUAUCUUGGUUGUAAUAUAAUAUAUACCUAAAACAGUUUUCAGUUCAUUUGGCUACUAUUAGUAUCUUCAGGAAUAACUGUUAUUUAAAUAACUGUAUCUAUCUGUUUCAUCAUACUGUGUGAAAAUAUUGUCAUUUUUAGCUUAUGGACCAGCUUAAAUUCACAGUUUGUAUUCAAUUUUAAAAACCGUUUAAAUAUAUCAUUUAAAUUUACCACCGUUACACCUUAAUGACAGUCGAGUUCCAAUUUCAUGAAAAUCAGACAAAAACUGCCUGGCAAAAUGGCGACUGCUUGUAAGCAAAUAGUUUAAAAGUAUGUCAAUCCUAGUUGUGGACCGUCUAGAAGUCACAAUUGUUAUCAGAUUUUGAUGAAACUUAAAAUAUAUAUUUAUGUCGCAAAGAUCUUGGUUGCUUUAGCUAUUUGCCAUAUCAGACCAAAGAUCUUGGUUGCUUUAGCUAUUUGCCAUAUCAGACCUUAACGUCCUGGAUGAUGGCCCCUGAUUAUACAAAAAAUCAUGUUUUUUAGUUUGUGGAUUCUCUAGACUCUAGAGGUCACAAUUUUUUAUCCGAUUUUAAAAAUGGUUUAAAUAUAUCACCAUCCCACCAUAAUGAAGGUUGAAUUUGAAUUUUGAGAAAAUCAAAAAGAAACUGCCUGACAGUUCGGAAAUUGUGUAAAAGUAUAUUAUAUGUAAUACUAGGUUGUGGACCCUCUACAGGUCACAAUUUUAAAUAUAUCACCAUUCCACUAUAAUGCAGGCUGAAGUCGAAUUUCGGGAAAAUCGAAAUGAAACUGCCCAACAAAAUGGCCGCUCUUUGUAUGCAAAUUGUGUAAAAGUAUGUAAUACGAAAGUUGUGGACCCUCUGGAGGUCACUAUUUUUAUCCGAUUUUGAUGUAACUUAAAUUAUAUCCCAAAGAUCCCAGUCACUUUCGAUAUUUGCACAUUUCAGACCAUAACUUUUUGGAUUAUUGCCUCUGAUUGUACGAAACAUGGCUUUUGUUUUUAGCUUGUUCUCUAUCCAUCUCUUGCAAAACGUGGGCGUAUCUUGCCUGGGAACCAGUGGUUAAUUGUGUCCGUUGGUCCGUUUACAAUUCUUGUUUUAUACAAAUUUACUUAUAUACGCCCACUUGCUAUAUUAUUGACACCCCUGUCCGUAAACACUUUCUUUUACUAUCUCUGCAGAGUUAAUUUCUUGGUUGAUUUUCAUGAAAUUGACAUUAUUCGACUCCAGAUGAUCCUGUCUAAUUUGAGCAUUAUUGUACAAGUACUUCCAGGGUUAUUGCCCCCGACUUACAUGUACUGAUUGUUGAUUACUGCAGAAAGUACAGUGUUCAACUGAUUUUAAUGGAGUUUGCAGAAGUGGUUAGUAAUGGGGCCCUAUUUGAUUUAGAGCAUUUUUGCAAAAACAGUUCCAGAGUUAAUGCCUCUGACAUGAUUGUUAAUAAUGUACAUUACCAUACUCAUUCUGUUGGGGGAGGGGGCAGGAGGGCAAAUGGUCUGACAUGUGCACUUUAGAUCAUUAGGUUUGUCAUUGAGUUGAGUGGCAUGUUAUUGAUAUCCCACAUUUCAACGUGACUAGGAGUAAUGUCACCUGCCUAAAAUCGUACCAUAUGUUAGUCCCGAAAGGAGCUGGAUUGUGUUGAGUGGACGUUAAACCCCAUUUCUCUCUCGUUAAACCCCAUUUCUCUCUCGCUCAAAUAUAUAUAUUGUUCUCCAAUUUUCACAAGAAUAUGCUGAGUUAUUGCCAUUCUACAUGGUCAGAAGUCCGGUGCAUAUCUUUAUUCAAAUAGAGGAAAUCUUUAUUAACUGUACUUAGCUACUUGUGGGUUUAUGUUCCACUGUCUGACAAUUGUGUAUCUAUAAUUUGAAAGGAAAAAAUCUUAUCUAAAAUUAGUACUUUCUGAUUAUUAAUAAACACACAUAGUGCAUUUUGUGACAUUUCACCAAAAAAUCUCAUUCGAGAUUAUUCAUGAAACUAUCUUUCUAUAGAAUAACACAGGAGACUUGUUACACAUACAAGAUUUUCUCCCAUAUAACAUGAUAACAUGUAAAAAACUUGAUCAGUUGGUCUCGAUUUUCAAAUGUCCAGAACAAACUCCUAUAUUAUGUUUAUUUUAGAAAGCUGGUGGAAAUAAAUUUAAUGUAAUAAAUCCAAAUAUAAGCUGUAUUGAUGUCAUAAAUGAAUUUGCUGCUUAUGGGCGUAUACACAGUGUUUGCAAGGAUUAAUUUAUAAUAUAUUUGUCCAGUAAGAGAUAAUUAUCAAUUAAUAUGUACCAUAGUCAGUAAAUCAUUCCCCAGAUUAAGGUGAAUUUAAAAUAAAAAAUAAUAAAAUAUCUUUAGAAAUA